AUGACGUGUCAAAUGAAACCAGUCAAAAUAAAUCUUGUUGCAUGUAAGACAUUUGUCAUUCCAGUUGACACAUUCAGCUUUCAAAAGUUUGGAGAUCCAGUUGUUCUCAGUGGUUUUAUCUUAAUAGUUAUCGGAUUAGUGCUUGGAUUAAUAAUAAUAUUCAUUAGAAGGCUACACUCUACAUCCACAAUGAACAGUAUCUUCAUCGUGAUAACGAUGAUAAUUAUUAGUACUGGUUUUGCGUUAUUAAUUUCAUGUGUACGAGUGUAUGAAAUAUUUAUUUCUCUACCUUUGGCUACCGGAUUCACCAUCUUAGCCAUUUUUAUGGGUAUGAAGCUAGAAGAUGUAGAAGAGAAAUUCAAGACGAUCUUGUUCAUGAUAUGUCUUGUAGCUGCAGGAAUUGGAUUCAUUCUCUUUAUUUUAGGGUUGAUAUUUAAAGACCAUGUGUUACAAGGUGAUGCCUGGCUUUGUUGGUGCUGCUCAACGUUUAUUGUGAUUAUAUUCACAAUAGAUUAUCUAAAAGGACACCGUGAACGAGAACAGUAUUCUGAAUUCUAUAUUAUUUUCGUGUGGUUUUAUGAAUAUUUCGUGCUUAGCAUCAAUUCGGAGUUUUUUUUAAAUACACUCCUUCAUUGUGAUUGGAAAAGUGGGAAAAGUGAAUGA